AUGAAUAUUGAUCCUGCUACUCAGAAUAUUUCCUCUCUGGCAAGAAAAAGCUCUCCGGAUAAUGUAGACGACGAGUCGAACGUUUUGCUCUUGUAUAUGUCUGGUGGUCACAAUCCUAGCUCAUUGCUGCAUAUUCCCCACGACUGCAUGAUGCUCUACUCACUCAAACCGCGCAAGUGGCUUCUAUACGUAGCGACUAACGUAUGCGGUGUCGACGGGACACUCCGUUUCCUCAACGGUGACAAGGAUUUUAGUGAAGAGGAAAUGGAAAAGGACGUCAAUCCUGGAGAUUACUAUGUGUUUUGCUUUGACAGAGAAGCAAACUUUCUGGAUUGGCGUAUGAGGGCUACUCACAUGGAUCGAGAUUCAUGUUCCUCUACCAAGCAUAUGUAUGUGCCUAAGGAACUGAGGGAAUUCUAUGGUGGCUGCCCGUUUUCCCAGAUGCUCUCAGAGUUGUGUGAGGUGUGCCAUCUGGUACCGCGUGAAAAGGGCGACGACUAUCUCCGCAGUCUCCUUGCAAGCCGUGGCGAUCCAGACGAUACUAUGACUAUUGAUGACUGUCGAAACCAGAUUAUGAUGGAAACAUUGUUUCACUGUUCCUUUCACAGAGUGAAAUGGGCUGCAUUCCUUAAAUUCCUCAAGACCAACGAAAUGCCAGGCGAAGAGAAUGCUCCGCCGGACGCUUACCGCGUCACAGUCCAUUGUUUCCUGGGCGGAGAGAGGACUCGUGAACUAUUGCACGGCGCCCAUUCCGAUCUGACUAAGGAUUCUGGAUUGAGGGAUACUCCCUCAGGAGGAGGAAUAGCUGAUACAGAAUACCGACCUAAAGACAUCUUGCUCGAUAUCACUUAUGCCUUUAUCGUGCUUUAUUGCUUCGGUAGUACAGACGCGAAGGAUAUGCUUCAAAAAUAUGCUGAGGACCAUUAUCCUGUUGAUCUUGCCAAAGAAAGGCGAAUCCGUCGGCUGAGAAGAGACGAAGAGCAGGAUAUUGAGGAUGAAAGACAUAAUGCUUUCUGGGACUGGAUCGAUGCAUUUCAGAUGAAGGUCCAUGGCAUUCGGCCCGAGGACAUUAAAGCAGAGGAAGAACGCCGCAAGAAAGAGGCGGAGGACCUGGAUGCUCAUAGAAUUGUCAGAUGGCAGAAGAGUAUUGAUGAGAGUUUCUGUGACGAACGCGAUGACAAUGCCAUAUGUUCUGGCAUAAACGAAGGAGACAAGUUAUUAGACACCUGUGGUGGUGAUGACGAGAAGCCUGUCAGUAUAGAGGUGGCCCUCAGCAGAAGUCCGCCAUCGUAUGAUCCGUACCCUAUUUAA